GUUUGUUUCUCUUGAGUCCCUGGGGCUGCCUUGGGCAUGGCUGGUUCACAGCCUUCUACAGCCACGUUUCCACACCCACACCCACAGCACAGGGAAGGAUGUAGAAAGCCCUGACUCCAGCCCUAAACCCCUAGAGUCAGUCCUGGCUCAGCCACUCAUGACACUUGUGAGCUGAGGCCUCAGUUUACUCAUCCAUGAAGUAGGGCUGCUGUGUGCCUGCCUGGCCCUCUCUUAGACACUGCAAUACACAGGCCCAGCUGAGCCACCCCUGCAGCCUGCACUGAUCCAGCUUCCCCACCACCCACAGAAAAAUCUCGGAGGUCAGGCAUAUGACCCUGCAGAGAAUGCUUGAGCGCCUCUCUGCACACAGCCCUGGGCGGGCCGCUUCCCUUUCAGCUUGGUGAAUGGUGGAAACUCAUGGAAAACAGCAGACAAAGCAGCCCUGGCAUAGGGAAGCUUCCAGAGAGGCCCGGUCACGGGGAUGCUGGGGCUGGAAACCAAAAGGCCACUGGGCUCUGUGAACCCACUAGGCACAGCAGAGACAGAAGGGGCGAUGAGCACCAGGCGAGUGGUGGUGGACGUGCCCACAGGGGCCAGCCCCAGCAUGCCUCUGCAGAGGCACAGGGCUUCCUUCAGGGGAGCACAGUCACCAUCCUCCCUGGAGGGCCUCCCAGCCUCCAGGACCAUUGCCGUGGGUGGUCUUGUCCGAACACCCAGGGUCUAUGUAGGGAUGACACCCAGUGGGUCCACUGGUGGCCUGGGUGCCCGGGUGACCCGCCGGGCCCUGGGCAUCAGCAGCGUCUUCCUGCAGGGCCUGCGGAGCUCAGGCCUGGCCACGGCGCCCACUCCAGGCCUGGAGAGGGACCUCAGUGGCGUCGAGGACCUGGGAGGGUGCCUGGUGGAAUACAUGGCCAAGGUGCACGCCCUCGAGAAAGUCAGCCAGGAGCUGGAGGCAGAGCUGCGGAUGCACCUGGAGAGCAAGGCCACACGCUCCGAGAGCUGGGGUGCCCUCCGGGCCUCAUGGGCCAGCAGCUGCCAGCAGGUGGGCGAGGCGGUCCUGGAAAACGCACGGCUCAUGCUGCACACAGAGAAUAUCCAGGCGGGUGCGGAUGACUUUAAGGAGAGAUAUGAAAAUGAGCAGCCAUUUCGAAAGGCAGCAGAAGAGGAAAUUAACUCUCUGUAUAAAGUCAUUGAUGAAGCAAAUUCAGCAAAAAUGGAUCUGGAGAGUCAGAUAGAAAGCCUGAAAGAAGAACUUGGCUUUCUGUCAAGGAGCUAUGAAGAGGAUGUGAAAAUGCUCUACAAACAGCUGGCAGGGUCUGAGCUGGAACAGUUGGAUGUGCCCAUUGGUACUGGCCUGGACGACAUCCUUGAGACCAUCAGAAUUCACUGGGAGAGAGAUGUCGAAAAGAACCGGGUGGAGGCGGGAGCCUUGCUCCAAGCCAAGCAACAGGCGGAGGUGGCCCGCAGGGCCCAGACCCAGGAAGAGAAGCUGGCCGCUGCUCUCAGGGUGGAGUUGCACAACACUUCCUGCCAAGUCCAGAGCCUACAGGCUGAGACGGAAUCCCUCCGGGCCCUGAAACGAGGCCUGGAGAACACCCUGCACGACGCCAAGCACUGGCAUGACAUUGAGCUGCAGAACCUGGGCGCCGUGGUCAGCCGCCUGGAGGCGGAGCUCCGGGAGAUGCGCUCUGAGGCCGAGCAGCAGCUACAGGCCCGCGAGCACCUUCUGGCGCAUAAGUGCCAGCUGCAGCGGGACGUGGCAGCCUACCACGCUCUGCUGGACCGCGAGGAGAGCAGCUAAUGGAGAAACAGCCUCUGUUCAUGAAGAAAAUGCUGCCUUCCUCACUGAGUGACCAAUGAAGUUCCUUGAGGAGCCACCACCCCCACCUGCAUCUCCCCUUCCCACCCCCACCCAAGCUGGAUUCCCUGCUGGAUUCACCAGUUGAUUCAGCUUGAGCUGAAAAGCUUCCUGGAAGUGGAGAGGGUCCUCCUGCUGCCUUAAUUCAAGUAGUCUGUAGCUUGAGCAAUCUCCCUUGUCCCUCUCCAAAUAAAUGCUUUGUGUGCGGC